GGUCGCGCGCAGCCGGAGAAGUAGAAACGAGAGCAAGAGAGGCAGUGAGAGAAAGAGAGAGAGAGAGGGGGCAGUGAAGAAGUAGACAGAGAGAGUGGUAGGGAGAGGGGGAGAGUGGAUCGGGCGUGACUUUCUCGCGCGGCCGUUUUCGUUUUCGUUUCGCCGCAGCCGGGCGCGCCUUCCUCGGGACUGGUCAGAUGCCAGGCUGCAGCCGCCGCUGACGGACACAGCUGCAGACACAGCUGCGAGGACACACUCACCCUACCGUCGACUGCACAGCCGCCGCUGCAGACAUGGGCGGCCCUGUUACGUUGUUGAUGUUGGCGCUUCUGGCCGCGCCCGCCUUGCCUCGACCGGCUGAGGUGUCUGUCAUCACGGAACCCAGGCCAGGGGAGGAGUUCGUGCUCUACCAUGCGGGGGAUGCCGGGCAGCGACGCACUGUCAGAGAGUUCGCGACUUCCCACCAGAGCCCGCACGCGUCGCGCGCCGCCUCCGACCUGGAGGCGGUGCUGGAGGAGCAGGAGGUGGCGGGGGCGGAGAGCCGCCCCAGCGCUGGCGCAGGCUCGGCCCGCGCCCAGCCCAGCAAGCGAGACGUCGACGUCGACCCCGAGCAGCUGCGAGCCGCCGAGGCCCUGCUGGGGGCGCUGCUCCACCCGAAGGACACUCUGCCGCUGCCCCCGGCCAGGAGAGUCAGCGUGCGGCCGCAGGCCGACAUCGGGGUCAUAGAGGAGCAGCCAGUGGGUGUGGACGAGAAGCGCAUCAUGUCUAAGAAGAAGACCCUGUCGACCAGCACAUCGACGUCCUCCUCCUCCUCAUCAUCCAGCUCGGUGUCCAGCAAGAAGCCCUCCAGGCGCCGGCCGGAGCCCGCCGAGGUCGAGGUGGAGGUGAUGCCUGCCGCCGUGGCAGGCGUGGCCCCCCGCGGCGAGGGGGGCGUGCCCCCGCUCAAGGGCAUCCUGCUGCCAGAACACAGUGGCGAGCAGCAGCAGCAACAACAGCAGCAACAGCAGGAGCAGCAACAACAACAGCAGCAGCAGACGACGCCCGCCCCCGGCCUGCCGCUGACGCCGCCCCCGCCGUUCGACGUGGUGCCGGUGAACUCGGUGGCCAAGCCACGGCCGCCGCCCCCGCGCGUCGUGGGGCUCAAAGACGCCGACCUCAGCCUGGAGACGGCGGCCGCCGGGUCGGGGCCGCAGACGCGCGUCGAGGUCAAGAAGGGACCGAACGGGCAGGACUAUGAGUACGAGUACGUCUACUACUACUACGACGACGACGACACGGCGGAGGCGGACUCGUCCGCCGCCCCCGACGCCGCCCCCGACGCCGCCAGCUCCGACACCACCGGCUCAUCUUCCACGACCACCAGCACCACCACGACGACGACGACGACCACAACCACCACCACGACCACGCCGGAGCCCACCACCACGACCACUACCACCACCACGACGCCACCUCCGCCUCCCCCGCCGCCUCCGGCGCCGCCGGCGGUGAACUCCGUCCGCAAGCACGGCCACAGGAAGGAUCGAGAGGACGGCGAAGGCGGCAGGACCCGUACCCGCACCCGCAGCCGUGGCCAGUCGUCGGCGCCAGUAGAGGAGGAGUCUUCGUCUGCAGAUGACCUGUCAGUGAAGGCCAGCUCCGGGCGCCGGCGCUACACCUCUCUGGACAGGGGUGCCGCCAGGGACAAGGCCCCCAGCAGCAGCAACAACAACAACGGCAACGCACCGGAGGCCAACGAAGUCCUUCCGCCACCCAGGAGGUUCCGCGGCCGCACGCUGGGCCGCCCGGAGGCGGACUCAGACGCCGCCGCCGCCCCCGCGCCGCCCCCAGAGGGCGAGCCGGUGCCCGAGGAGCGACUGCCCGCCUCCACGCGCUUCCCGGCGCGCACCUCCGCCCCCCAGCAGUCGCCCGCCGUCCGCCGCCCCAGCCUCGAGCUCGUCGACAGCUCCUCGUUCCGCACGCACCACGGUGGGGGCGGUGCAGCGCCCGCGGGGGGCGAGGAGUCCGCCCCCAGCUUCCCACAGCGGCUGCCCGCCGGGCCCGUGCGCUUCCUGGGGGUGACCCCCGAAGAGAACGGCGAGCCGGCCGCGGCGCCCCAGACCCACGGGCGCUACCGACCCAGGGGGCACUCGUCGACCACCACCACGACCAGCACGACCACGACCACGGCAGAGCCCGAGCCGGAGGAGGCGUCGACCAGGCCCACGAGGGGGCGCGGACCGCACAUACGCCGGCAGCACUCGACCACCCCCAUCACGGCCGCCCCGACCACAGAGCCCAGCACCACCACCACCACCACGACGACCACGACCACGCCUGAGCCGCCACCUGCACCAGUCGACGAAGUAGACCCCACCGCUGAGGCGCCUGCCGUACCCAGGAGGGACAGCUUCGCGGUGUCGCGAGGCGGGCGCCCUCGGCCUGCGCCGGAGGAGGAGGAGGAGGAGGCGGAGGCGGAGGAGCCGGGCAGCGCGGAGGCCUACCAGGAGCGGCGGGCCACCACGGAGGGCUGGGCGGCGGCGACCGGCGCCGGCGGCUGGAACACGGCGUCGACGGCGGCGCCGCCCACCGACGCCACGACGGAGCAGGAGGCGGCCGGGCUGACGGCGGCGGCGGGCGACCAGGCCGCGCUCCAGCUGUACGCCGUGCUGCGCCAGGCCGAGGGCGUGCGCGACAACUCGGUGCUCGACGACCUGGAGGACGAGCUCGCCGGCGCCACCGACGGCUACCUCGCCGGCGUCGACGAGAUCCUGACGACCACGGAGGAGGAACCCGCGCCGGCCCCCACAUCGCCGAGCACCACCACCACGACCACGACCACCACGACAACCACGACCACGACUCCGGCCCCGACGACGACGACGACGACGACGACAGAGGCGCCGGCCCCAGCCGGUGGCAGGCGACGCCUGCGCCCCAAGCCCGGGGGCAGGUUCCGCGGGGGCGGCUCCACCUCCGCCUCGACGACGACGACCACGACCACAGAGGCCGCACCCGAGAGCAGCACGCGCGCCAGGAGCCGCUUCGGCAAUGGAGCCGCCUCCAGGCCCGGAGGCAACUUCGGCUCGCGACGCAAGGCAUCCACGGCGGCGCCCAGCAGGGACUCGUCGGAGGAGGUGAAGGAGGAGGCGAAGGAGGUGGCGGCGCCCGCCCCCCGGCCAGCGCGCGGCCGCUUCGGCGGCGCCAGGACGCGCUCCACCACCGCCGCCCCCGCAACCACCCAGCAGCAGCAGCAGCAGCCGGCCGAGGAGGGCUCUGCGCCCCCUGCCGCCCCCGCCGCACCCCACAGGCCAGCGCUGCCUGACAGGCACAGCGUGCUGGGCAGACGGCGUGGUGUGAUCCGCCCCACGACGGCCGCCCCCGCUGCCCCCGCCGCCCCCGCCGGAGAGGCCGAGCCGGCGCCACCCGCCCCCAGCGCCGCGCCCGCCGCCCCCGCAGAAGACGCCUCUGCAGAGAGUGCCUCUGAGGCCAGCCCACCAGCUGUCACCAGGCCCGGCAGGGCUGGAGUCCGCCCCCCGCUGGGCGGCCCCCGCCCCCUGCGGCCCGGCCCACGCAUCGGCGCGCUGGCCGGAGGCGGCCGCCCCCGCCUGCCCGGUGCCGCCCCCGCCUCCACAGCGGCGCCAGACGCCGCCCCCAGUCCCAGCUCGACGCCAGCGCCGGCGGCGGACCACGAGGAGGACCACGCAGCUCCAGCCGCCGCCGACGACGCCGCCCCCGCCUCGCAGGAGGUACUGUAUACUUCACUAGCGCCGCUCUGA